AUGGUGUUCAGAUCUCCGUUAGAGCUUUACCCAUCUCACCUGUUCCUUCCCAACUUGGCGGAUCGCCCUCUGCUCUUGGCAGCAAGCCUUCCGCGUCCGAGAUCUCCAGACGACCCGGCCAUGUUCCAGCUGCCCACGCUAAGCUUCACGGCCGAGCAGGUGGCCAGCGUGUGCGAAACCCUGGAGGAGACCGGAGACAUCGAGCGACUUGGUCGCUUCCUUUGGUCUCUGCCGGUGGCGCCUGGAGCCUGCGAUGCCAUUAACAAACACGAGGCAAUCCAGCGAGCCCGCGCCGUGGUCGCUUACCACACGGGCAGUUUCCGCGAACUCUACCACAUCCUGGAAACCCACAAGUUUACCAAGGAGUCGCACUGCAAGUUGCAGGCCAUGUGGCUCGAAGCUCACUACCAAGAAGCCGAAAAGCUCCGGGGGCGACCGCUUGGACCCGUCGAUAAGUACAGAGUGCGCAAGAAGUUUCCUCUACCGCGCACCAUUUGGGACGGAGAGCAAAAGACGCACUGCUUUAAGGAGCGCACACGCGGAUUGCUGCGGGAAUGGUACCUGCAGGAUCCCUACCCCAACCCCAGCAAGAAGCGCGAACUGGCGCAGGCCACUGGACUCACCCCCACACAGGUGGGCAACUGGUUCAAAAACAGACGGCAACGGGACAGAGCUGCAGCAGCCAAAAACAGGUUGCAGCAGCAUGCAUUGGCACACAGCACUCUUCGCUCAGUCUCUGAUCCCGGGUGUCCGCAGCGCAUCUCUGAAUCUCCCAGCAGCACCAGCGUGUCUAGUGCAGAGCGGCCCGACCCUGGAACCAUCCUCUCCGUCACCGACAGCGACUCCGACUUCGACGUAUGACCCGUUAAAAAUGGGUGGAAAUCGGACCUAAAUAGAUAUAAACAAACUGAUCAUACAGCUUUGAUGGCGUCGUCUUUUUGGGCGUCGCAGAUGUUCGUCAGAUGGAGAAAUGCAUGCUGUUUUCUAAGCGCUUGAGUGGACAGACUGUCUCUCAUCUCCGUUUGCAUGGUCAUUGUAAAUAUUUCUGGACGUUUUCAGAGGCACUAGAAUGGGAAAUCAUAGAGACGAUAUUCAUCAAAUUCCUGCCCCUAUUUCUCCCCGCAAAGCGGACUGUUUUAAGUUUUGUAUUUAUCAGACAAUCGUGGAAGUCAAAAGCACCUUCAGGUACCUUAUUCAGCCAGCUUCUAAUUCUAGUUUUUUUUUUUUUUUUUUUUUGAGCCACCUUAAAUGGUGCA